AUGGCUUUUAAGUAUCCCCAGUUCGAGCCAUACGGGGAUAAGCUAAUCCGAUGGAUGGAAAAUGCCACCGAACCCGGAUGCCCAGUUCUCAGAUCUACAUUCACCACAUGGACUCUGCCACAGCCUACCCUCUGGCAUAUCGAGCAUGAAAGAGAAUGGCUCUCACCAGAACAGAUUGCCUGUAUUGUUGGUGCUGGGCUGCCACUCGGACAACUAAUUCCAAAUGGCAUGUAUCCUACAGAAUCCCCGUGUCUACGGCAGUCAAUCAUCAAGACCCGGGGUGGGGUCACUGGCUUGGUCGGGACCAUUGGACCAGGCUUGCUUUUUAUCUAUUCUAUUAGAAGACGCCCUGCAUCGAACGAUCCGCACGUGUCCGAGCUUGCCAAGAUCGCCUAUGAAACGCACUUUCCGUUGGAGAGUGUGAAGCAUGUAAUUGUUAACGAGGUACAGGAAAAUAAAACUGAACCCUUUAUCGAGGAAGAUAUAUAUCCCUCCCGUAAGGGACUUAUCUAUCCGUCUGCAGAGGCUCAAACUUGGGACUACGCUACACCGGAGUUUAAGGCUAUCAUGGGUACACCUAUCGGUAAGGUUAUCGGGUCCUUCAUUCUGGGUGCGUUUGGCCAAGGGGUGAAACGGGUUUCCCGGAUUGUUACUUUCCAAAGAGGCCUCGAGCUUCACAAACUGAAUAUUAGUUUUGAUAUUGAGGAUGUUUGA